AUGGCCAUUCAGAUUUUCGGGGCAACUGCUCCAGCUCUGAUUGUUUGGUAUAUUAAUCGUCCCAAACAAAAAUCUAGUCCCAAAACAAGACUAAUCCGCAAAGAAGGACAAAUCGCCAAAACUAAACUAAAACACGAAACUGAAAAUGCUCAACGGGCCUUGAGACACCAAACCGAAUUAAAAAUUUUAGAAAUAGAUAGGCAAACCAUUCUCAAAGAAAUUGCUUAUGACACUGAAAGAUUUAAGUUGGAGAGUGGUUUAGGUGAAAAAAGGGGUGAAUCUGAACCAGAAAUGCCAAGUACUCCCGAAGGGCAAAAUAAACUGGAUCUUUUAUCCGGUCUAAAACAACAAGGGGCUAAUUUAUUCCAAAAAGGGGUUGGCCAAGUCAAGCAAGUAGCGGAGGAAAAAAUUAAUCAGGCCACCAAAGCCGUUAAUGAAAAAGCCAAUCAAUUUACCAAAACUACCGGUGAUAAAAUUGACGAGAUUACUAAAAAAGUUAAACCAAAAAAGGAGGAAUAA